UGUUGGACGUCCUAAGAUCCAGAAUCAUAUCCGAUGUUUCGAAAAAUGUCCUUGAUAUGGCGCAAACAUGUAAUCGCGGAAUCGACGACAAUAUGCACGGGAUGGGCGUUCGAAGAUUUUUGAGAGCCUUUAGGGCAAAUUCCUCUGUCCGGAUGUCCGAGUACGAGCAAGUGAUACAGAACGAGCUUAUGGCCACAUCGCAACGAUAUCAAAGUCAAUCUGGCAUCUUCAUCACCGCUCCCGAUGUGCCAGGGGAAGGAGAAUACUAUUGGGGUGAGGCUAUGGGACCGAGGAUUGUCCAGGACUUGGCGGGAUACUCACAGCUAUUAUGUCAAAAAGUCUCUCGAAACAACUCGAUCGGGCAACAGUGUACAGCUCUGAAUGUGACGCAUGUACUGUGUAUGAAUGGGAUCUAUUCGUCUUCAGGCGGAAUACUGGACAAGGUUGUGAGUUUCACGCCAUCGCCGCCUGCGGUCGCUGUUCCGCGAAGUCUUGCGCGUGUACAAAGUCAAGAAUACUUGGGGUCGUCCCUGUCUUGGCAAUGGAAACCGAGCCACUAUGUCGAGCAGGGUACCAACCGAAUAAGCGGCCGGUCUUGCGGGAGUAGGCAGUGGCUGAACGACGCCCCAUCCGGUCCGCCGUAUCCAGACAAUUUUGAUGUCGCGUGGGGACAGAUAUUCGAGUUCCAGAAGCUUCAAGACUACCUGAUAACUUUGAAACCUACGGAAAACUCAUUGCUGGUGUUGAUAGAGCCCACAGGCGCAAUAAUUGCCAGCAAUAAGCAAGGAUUGCUCUACACGAGCGAUAAUUUGAUAUCAGCAACCAUCCAUACUACGAAUAACACAAUGUUGAAAUCAGCGGCCAACGCAUUCCUCAACGGGAACAGCAACUUCCCCAUGCAGCACGCCCAAGCACGUGUAAAAGACGGUCGUUACAACAUCCGGGCGACGCUAUACCAUAUCAGCGACGGGAUGGGCUUCGACGUGAUACUCUUCAUUUUGAUUCCCGACGAAGAUCUGAUCAGCGAUCUGCUUCAAAGCGAGAAAGCCGCCAUUGCGUCUGUCGCCGCCGUCAGCGUCGUUAUGCUGCUUGUUGUUAUUGCUACGAGUUAUUCGUUUACGUUGCCUUUGAAGCGUUUGAAUGGGAUUAUGACCGCGGCCAUCCGGUUCGACUUUACGGCUCUACGUUCAGACUCCAUCAACCGGCGCUCUCUCUUCUACGAACUCGCGGUCAUGGAAGACACUUUCGAGAACAUGCUUCGGCGUUUCAGCAAGGCUAUCCAGGACAACAGAACCUUCCGCAAACGCACCGCCGGCCCCGGCGUCCCGGAGACGCCCCAGGAGCGACGCAAACGGCUGAAAGUCGAGGCGGAAUACCUCAGCCACAGCGAGAACGAGCGCGUGAAGGAGUACACCACCGCUUCGAUAGCCAAUGUUUGCGGAACGUCGGCUUUUGGAGCCGACCAGUCUUAUUCGGCCGAGGAUAUUACGUCGAAUGACGAUUCCGAGUCUCAUGAGUAUUCGGUCGACGUGGAUGAUAGCCAGGAUACGUGAUGUUGCGUGCAUUUCAACUCUUACAGUUUGUGAGCCACAUGUGGCUCUAUCGUUGUGGCACGUCCUCAAUGUGUCACAGACGCCAGAUCGCGGACGAUGGUCAAUAAGACUAUCGUCCGCUGUCAGUUCUGUAGUUUUGUUCCGUCCUCCCGCACAGUGGGCCAGCCUGCCUGCUACUUCUGCAAAUAAUUGUUCAAUGUUUUUUUUUGGAUUUUUGGACUUUUGGUG